GUGUGAACAGGGACAGUAAAAAUCUGUUUUGGAUUGAAAGAGUAAGAGUUUCUUAGGUGUGGAAAUUCCUGAACUCUGAGAUUUAUUGGGUAAUCUCCAGUCUUGCUGAUUAUAUGACGCUGAAUGUUUGAGAGUGAGACCAAACAAGACAGACGACCUCUGAGAAGCACAACAUGAAGUUGAAUUUGGCUGCAGUUCUGUCUUUGACGUUGUUGUCAGUCUUUCUGUCUCCUGUUUGCUGUCAGCAGCCUGUGAACUGCAGAUGGGGGCCUUAUGGAGCCUGGUCUGUGUGUGACAGCUGCUCCAGGACAAAGAUCCGGACUCGCCAUGUGGAGGUGUACGCCCAGUUUGGAGGUGCUCCAUGUUCAGGAGAGGCAACUCAAUCACAGCCGUGCGUCCCACAGGGAGGAUGUCCUCUGGAAACAGGCUGUGGAGGAGAGCGUUUCCGCUGCACCUCUGGUCAGUGCAUCAGCCAGUCUCUGGUGUGUAAUGGGGAUCAGGACUGUGAAGACGGUCUGGAUGAGAGAAACUGUGACCAGGACAGCAGCCACUACUCCUGUGACAUCAACAAAACACCCCCAAACUCUGACGUCACAGGCAGAGGGUACGAUGUGCUGACAGGUAAACUGAGAGGAGCUGUGAUCAACACUCUGAGUUUUGGAGGUCAGUGUAGGAAGGUGUUCAGUGGAGACCAUAAAGUCUUUUACAGACUGCCUCAGAACAUCCUCAGAUACAACUUUGAGGUGACUGUAGACAAUGAAGAGAGCGAUGAGUCCUAUGAGAGCUCCUGGACCUACAUGCAGCACAUCCAGUCCAACGCUCUGUUCGGACACGACCGACGAACUUUCCACAAAGACCUCACAGACAACAAGGCCCACAGACUUCUAAUCCUGAAGAAUAAAGUGGAGCUGGCCCAGUUUCAGAACUCGGCCCCUGAGUAUCUGACCCUAGCUGAAGGUUUCUGGAAGGCCCUAUCCUCGCUGCCUUUAACAUAUGACUACUCAGCCUACCGCCAGCUGCUGCAGACGUACGGCACACAUUACCUCUCAGAGGGCUCGCUGGGAGGAGAUUAUCAGGCCCUGCUGGAGUUAGACCAAGAGGCUCUCCAAUCCACCAGUACAACAGAUAUUGAAUACCAGAGGUGUUGGAGGAAAGUGAAACGUCGUUUCUUCAGGAAGAAAGUCAAAACUGUCUGUGAAAAACUGACCAAAUCCUUAGCAUCGAGCCAUGGUCACAGCAACCACAGAAUGCCCAUUAAGGUCAACGUAUUUGGGGGAGAUCCAUCGUUCAUGGCAGCUCUAAGUGUUCUGGAUCUGGAGAACCCAGAGGCUAACGGAGAGAUCUAUGACAACUGGGCCUCGUCUGUGAAAGACUUCCCUGAAGUUGUAGACAAGAAGCUGCGUCCUCUGUACGAGCUGGUGAAGGAGGUGCAGUGUGCAGGUUUAAAGAAGCUCCACCUGAAAAGAGCCACGGAGGAAUACCUGGCCGAGGAGCAUCCCUGUCACUGUCGUCCAUGUCAGAACAACGGGCAGCCACUGCUGACCGGCUCUGAGUGUCGCUGCGUCUGUCGACCGGGGACUUCAGGACAAGCCUGUGAGAGAGGAGCUGUGAUUGGAGAACAACCAGGGGUGAUCCAUGGCAGCUGGAGCUGCUGGUCUUCCUGGGGAUCCUGCUCUGGAGGUCAGAGGUCAAGGACCCGGAGCUGCAACAACCCCACCCCCAGCAGAGGAGGGCAACACUGCACUGGUCUCCAGGCAGAGCAGAAGCCUUGCGAAGACCAGGACCUUGAGUACUUAAAGAUGAUGGAGCCACAGUGCUUCAGUCUUUCUGUGACUCCACCAAAGACAUGUGGGCCACCUCCAAACCUCAGGAAUGGAUUCAUCCAGAACCCCAGAGAUUUUAACCUGGUUGGGAAUAGGGUGGAGUACUCCUGUAUAGAUGGAUAUUACCUCAGUGGAGACGCUGUAGCUGAAUGCACUGAGAACCAGAGAUGGAGGAGAGGAGAGAUGGUUUGCAAAAGUACCACAUGUGGGAUUCCACCACUCAACAGUCAAGUUUCAGCCACGCCCACCAAAACAGCUUAUCAGAUUGGGGAGAGAGUGUCCCUGUCAUGCCCUGCAGGGUCACUGCUGGACGGAGAGGUGUCUGAGAUCAUGUGCAGCCCCAGUCUGCAGUGGUCUCCCUCUCCAGAGAGUACUCACUGUAAAGCAGUACCCACAGCUCCUCCUCCUCCCUCUGGCCUUAAGUGUAAACUGUGGGAGACUGUUGGUGAAUCUGAGUGCGUGUGUAGAAGGCCAAUUGAGUGCCCGACUUCUCUUCGGUUGUGUGCCAGACUUGGCUCAAGUCAAACCCGGCUCCUCAGUAUGUGUCAGUUGGGAGCUCUGCGAUGUAUGGGGCGGAGCUUCACGCUGGCUGCUGACAGUGAAUGUAACUGGCCAGAGGAGACAUCCUGCAAAAACUGUGAACCAGGGACAGUCUGUCAGGGUGAGUCUGGAGAAACUCUCUUAAAAGAAAAUUCCUACUUAAUUUUAACAAAUCAGGGAUGGUUCAGGAAGAGGGCAAAUACUUUUUCACAGCAUUGUACAACACUAGGUAGUGCAUCUGGUAAUUAUCGUUUCUUCAUAGAUUAUUCUUCUGUUAUUCUUAUGAGUAAAAUAUGUUUUAUAUUUUCUAUUUUAAAAAUUUCUUCGGCAGUCUUAAUGAAAUAUUAAUUUGAAGAAACAGUUUUAAGCCCAUAUAGCUGUAGAUGAUAGCCAUUAGUAUCAGAAUAAAAUGCUGUACGAAUAAGGCAAGAGUAUGAAAACAGUGGAAUUCUCCUUUAAUAUCUAAUUUAAACAUGUUUGUGACUGCAUCAGUUUAUAUCAUUAAUUUUUUUUUCAACCUCAGAAUCUCCUGGAAAAUGUGUGUGCCACAACGUCACAGAUUGCCCUGUAGACUCCGCCCCCCUGUGUGUCAGCGAUGGGAGCGUUGUCA